UUUAAGCGGCAGCAGACGGGAAGCCUCUCACGAACAAAUGGCGUCUCUCCAGUGCGGAGCAGCUGAUUUCCCACCGAGCACGGCGGCACGGACGGUGGAGAGGUAAACACACCGCCCCCGGAUCUCUCUGCAACAAGAUAGCGCCUUGCUUCUCGCAGGAUCCGUGUAGCAGAGACGGCUGGACGUUGCGCACUCUUGAGCAGUCGAGAUUAGACCGCUGUUCCGGUGUACAAACAAUCCCAGUGUCAAGCCAAACAGAAAGGAGAGUGUCAGCUGCAGCCUGUGCUUCCCCUCUGCUCUGCUUAUUUACCUACGCUGCUGUUUUUGUUUCGCUUUCCGCCGAUGGUUGUUGGUGUUAGUGUUUCACCAGGGCCUGAUCUCAGGCGCUGUAGGCGACAGUAGCAGGUCAAAUGUUUCCACCCCGACGUUGGAGGGACACAUAAUGAACAUGGGCAUCACCCCUUCAGAGAUAUCCUCCUCCUCCUCCUCUUCCUCUGCCUGACUGGUUGGCUGCCUCUUCGUUAAUCCAAUUCAGGAGAUCAUCUUUUCAACCUUUUGCUGAGGUUACACCAUCAAGACGGCGUUAUCUCAGAAAGCCAGCUCUGUGGCGGUGAAGAUGACCACAGCACGGUACCGUCCCACCUGGGAGCUGGCCGUGGACCCCCUGGUCUCGUGUAAGCUGUGCCUUGGAGAGUUCCCCCUGGAGCAGAUGACCACCAUCACACAGUGCCAAUGUGUCUUCUGUACACUGUGCCUGAAGCAGUAUGUGGAACUCCUGAUUAAAGAAGGCCUUGAAACUGCAAUUAGCUGUCCAGACUCUGCCUGUCCCAAAAGAGGACACUUGCAGGAAAAUGAGAUCGAGUGCAUGGUGGCCACGGAGAUGAUGCAGAGAUACAAGAAGCUUCAGUUUGAAAGGGAGGUGCUGCUGGACCCAUGCCGGACGUGGUGCCCUUCCUCGACCUGCCAGGCCGUGUGCCAACUAAAGGAAGCAGAUUCUCCUGCGCUGCCCCAGCUGGUCCAGUGCGCCGUCUGUGCCCUCGAGUUCUGCUCGGCCUGCAAGGCCAACUGGCACCCCGGACAGGCCUGCCAGGAGAACAACCUGCCUAUUACCUCCUUCUUACCAGGAGAAAACAGCUCUUUCUAUAAGAAUGAAGAGGACGACGCACCGAUCAAGCGCUGUCCUAAGUGUAAAGUUUACAUCGAGAGGGACGAGGGCUGUGCACAGAUGAUGUGCAAGAACUGCAAACACGCCUUCUGCUGGUACUGUCUGGAGUCCCUGGAUGACGACUUUCUCCUGAUCCACUAUGACAAAGGGCCCUGUCGGAACAAACUGGGACACUCCAGGGCGUCCGUUAUCUGGCACAGAACACAGGUCGUGGGGAUAUUUGCCGGCUUCGGCCUGCUCCUGCUGGUUGCCUCCCCCUUCCUCCUCCUGGCCACUCCCAUCGUCCUCUGCUGCAAGUGCAAGUGCAGCAAGGGCGAUGACGACCCAUUGCCAACCUAAAGACGCCAUCAGAGCUGGAGCGCAGAGCCGCUUCAUGGAUGGGCCACGUUUUCUUUCCUUUUCACCCCUUUAUGUUCUUCUCCUCCCACCAGCUUUGAGUGCUUCAUUUGUUUUUGGGCUGAGCCUGCACCAGCCCUGGCCGCUUCGGGAUCCAUCGCUCUGCAUGAGAGAGGCAUGGUAGAAAAGGGACCCUACACCUUGGCCUGAAGAGAGGUGCGGGGUCGAAGGUCAGAGGAGGUCAGCGUUGUCUGAGGACCACUGUGUCCGUGCUUUAGACAUUGUUGGUUUGGGCACGUGGAGGAAGUCUGGGCCACUUCAGGUGGUUCUUAGUAGUGGGUUACUGUGGUGUGGGUCACUACAAACAAAGGAAAAAUCAAAGUUAAGAAAUGCUUUUCCUCUUGUAUGGACAACAUAAUGCAGGAGCCACCUUAGAGAGAACUUUACUUUAUCGCUCUGUUUUGUCGGUUUGUCGUACGCAACAAAAGCUUUUCCCCCCCACCCACCACCACACUCGAUGUAGCUCUACAGGUUCAGUCAGUAGCAUUAGAGUUACACCACGCAUGUUUGGUGUUCACUCGAUUUGCACACGGGACAUGAUUCCUACGUCAUGUUCGCGACUGAGGUAGAGACGGGAGGCUGUUGACACUCUCAACUCAAUGUACAGCACGUCCUCUUGAUGAUGUCAAUGUUUUAUAACCUGUUGCUUUUAAUAGAACUGUGCUCAGAGUAGUGUCUAUGUGUUGUACUUUUCGGUGUUUUCCAAACUGUAAGGUACACUUAUUAAAGGGGAUUGCCACUCAAAUAAAAAAUACACUUAGUUUCUUUGGUUAAAGUGACAAAGACUAGUUUUGUUCAGCUUCUGUUUUCUCUCCAAAUUCAUUCUCCAGUCAUUGUACAACUUUGUGUUUCCGAAAGAUCUCCACGAUCUCAGAUCCAGAAAUGUCCCAAAUUGAGUGGUGCUCCCCUUUAAGUUCAACAUAAAUUUCAAGUCUAUUAGAGGACUUUGUAUCCACGUGUUGUGGAGCCAUUUUAAUACAACACUAAAAGAGAUGUCACUCCUGUAAUUCUCAGUCCCCCCAGGUGGUGGUUUAGCCAAAUAGAAAUGAAUAGCCUUAAAUUGAGAAUAGCCAAAAUCAGGCAUUUCCCCCCUGUGCAUUACAAACGAGUUUAAAAGGUCCAAAUAAUCCCAGGGAAAGCAUGUUUAACAGUAUUUUAAAAGCAUUACAGACAGUCAGUGAAGUCCCUUUAUAUCCAGAUGAUUCUAUGAUGUCAUCCAUAUGCCACACUGUUAAUAGCCAUACUGUUAAAAAAACAAAAAAGGAAAAAAAAAAAAAGUCCUGAUGUUUUGUGUAACCCAGGGUUUGUAUUUCCUAAGCCUUUUUAAAGCAGGAGAGCUGCAUCGUCAUCACAAAUGAUCCAAACUCAGAUCUCCGACUCUUUGAGGCUUAACAAAUACCUGCCCCGAAUUGCAAACUUGCAUAUGUUAGUGGUCCGAGUGUCGAUGUUUUCUUCUGUUGGUAGUUAGACCUCCAACAACAAGCAGCUACUCCCUGCAGGGGCAUCGGAAAAGCCUAUGGAGUACGUUUAAAAAAAAAAGAAAGUUCCGUUUUUUGGGCACAUUAAAUAUGAAGCUGCUCUAUACUAUAUCACUUUAUCUAUGCAAGUUUGUACAUUACCAUUCUUCUAUCGAUUUCUCAUAAACAACUGUACGUCAUGAGUAGGUUUAUAUAGUGAAAGCUGCAGAAUGUCACCAUAUAUGUGCAUAUCAUGGCUUUUAUUUAAUCAGGGAGUUAUUUAGGAACUAUCCAUUUUAUAUUCAUCUUCUACGUUGCUGUUACCUGUCUGUCUUUUAGCAAUAUUUGAAGUUAGAGAGCUUGAAAAGCAGGACAGAGUUUGGCCGUUUUUCACUUGCUAAUGUCUUGAUUUUGGGGGGUGGGGGGUGUUGAUCAAAACAAUGAUUUCAGUUUGUUUGCUGGUGUUCUGUCGGAUCAUUUUUUGUGUCCAUGCAGAGCCAUUAUAAUGUUUUAAAUAAGCCAUUUACUACUGCUUAAUUCCCCCUUCCUUCUGGUGUCAUUUACCAGUGUUUAUGUAGCAUUUCAUGACACGUUUGGCUACAGUUACCAAAAAAAAAAAGAUGAUCAGUAGUUAACAAAAGUAGCUAAUCAAAGCUAAACAGUAGCCAAACUCCAAUCCUCAUAUAUUUAGCUCCAACAUACAGUGCAGGAGUCCUAAUUAUUAGUAGCCUUAAAUUUUAAUUUCCUUACCUGUAGCCUGUGUUGCGUUCACUGACCUCACCUGCUUUACGAGCAUGAUAAUUUGAUAUCAAAGCCAGGCCAAUUUUCUACUUUUGAAGUUUGGUGCUUUCCCCCUCCAAAAAAAAAAAAUAGUUUAAAUUCCCCAAGCUUUUGUUGUUUUUAUGACAAUCGUGCCAAGCAGAUUUCCUGGAAGGGAUAAGGAAACAGAGCUGUCUACUGUAUGUGCAUUUUGACCAUGUAUUUGUAAUGUAUUAACAGUUUUUACAGGGUGGAAGAAAAAAAUAUUUUAACGCUUCUUUGUGUCAACGCUGCACUGUAUAUGAGGUUUCAUUGUUUUCCUUCUUAAUAUGAUCUGUGAUGUGCGUGGUAUGGUGCCUGCUGUGUUUAAAUGGAGGAGGUUAGCAGCUGAAAUCAAUGUCUACUCAACAGAAACUGCAAAUGUACUUUUUAAAGGGGUUAAGGUCAUCAGGCCUCUGAUAUCACCAGGGUAAAGACAAAGCUCAAAUAGUGCAAAAUAUUCAUUUAAACACAAAACUAUCACCAUCAUCAAUGUCUUCAACAGGCACAAACUAACUAAAGUCAAACAAAAUCAUGGCCAUCUCCAUUGUUUUCUCCAUUCUCCUUUACCUAUGUUUGCUGGCACCACUGACCAGGUAGAUACUGUAUUAUGCAACAAACACAAAAGGGCCAAACAGCAAACAUUACAAUCACUGCAGUGUCACAUUGCAUAGUGUUUUCUACACCAGAGGCUUGUCAGGGCUCCAAUAUAAAGGCCUGUAUAAAAACCUACAUGAAACAUCAGCACAGGUGUUGGACUAGGACAGUUUGACGGAGUUAAGGGCUUGCUUCUGAGAUUUGACCCUUGAAUGAGAAGCAAGGCAACGUUUAUCUUACAAGAGCUCACUUUGAUCUACUUUGCAACUAUCCUAAGAUCAUGUUUGGUUACAAGCAGCGAUUUAUAUUUUAUAACCAGUUGUGUCAAGAGAUGAAGCUGCAUGAUUUUUCUCUGACUUCUACAUGUUAAAUAUUACAAUAUUGUAGCCUCUAAAGAUCUUUGGAACAGUAGCGUUGUCACUCUGUCACUCAGCUGUCUGGGUUUUAUUUUAGUUUUGUUUGAUCCCCCCCUUUUUGUAAGAAAAUAUGUUUUGAUUUACAGCCAUAUUAUAUACAGUGUUGGCCGGCCUUCCUCCGUUCAGCAGGUUGGCUUGAUAUGUCUGUUACUUUUUUGUUGAUUCUUUUUUUAUACGCCUGUUUUACAUCAUAGUUUGUUGUAUUUGCAUAAUCUGUUAAAAGAGCGGAAUUCUUCAGGCCUGAUUGGUCAAUUAAAUUUCAAUCAGUCACCUCAGUAAGUGGAUUAUUGUCAAAGGAAAUGCUGUCUGUACACAAGACUUUUGUAUUUAGAGAUGAUAAACAAUGUUGUCAGUAAUUGAAAGUUAAUUGACCUGGGUGAUACAAAGAUAUCAACACUGUAAAAUGACAUAUUUGGAUCAGUUCUGUACAACUUAGACUCGGCAUCUCAGUAUAUCUACAGUUCCACUAACACUGUGACACCACAUAUUAAAGGUUGUUGUUUUUUGUGA